GCUGUGAUCACACGUACGACCGCUCUCCGUCAGUCAGUUGUUUGCGUUACUGUAGGGACAUUACUCGCGUCCCAACUGGAAGACAUGUGUGCUAGAACGCGUUACGAUGCUAGUGUUUUGUCUUUGUAAAGCAGAUAAUCUGAUCUUCCAGCGCGUGGUGGAAACAUUUUGUGCUGAAUAUUCUGUUAUCCGUGGAAGAAGUUCAGUCGUUGUCCGGUAGAUGUCCUUGUGAGGAAAUAGUUUUGUCUUCUGUGCGUCUGUGUGAAGAAUUUUGUGCGUUGUGUUCUUGACAUUCAAAUGAAAUUCUUAUGAAUGAAGAAAUGAGAGCGUAACUUCGUAAAAUGGCGAAUCUCGAACACUGUACUUUAAUAAACUCUAUCGUGGAAGUGGAAGUUAGAUGACCAGUGGCGCUGGAGCGCUGAUUGCCGGACACAGUUCGAACCACAGGACAGACGCGGCUUGAACCGGAAUGGAAUCCUCCGGUACAAACAAGGACACGUCUGCCAGCCCUGCAAGGGCUGCCCAGAAGUUGAAUCUGACGUCAUCACCACAUCGGCGGAAGCGUCAUUCUUCUGGGGAGGAUGACCCGGGUACAGGAUUCAGCGCUGCUAUCCGCAGGGCUCCGCCCCCUGUCCCACCGGCGCUGCUUCGUCGUAUUGGCGUCAAGGAGGUCACUGGCGUCGGAAAGGUGAAGGUGAUGUUGCGGGUGUGUGGAGGCGCCACUUGUGGACCCGUUACUUCCGGAGCACCCACUGGCGGAAACACAGCAACAUCCGACGCCCCGACACCUGCUGGAGGGUCAACGUCAUUCCUCAGCGUCGACAGCCGUAAGAAACAAGUGACGCUGUUCGAUCCUGCGGCUUGUGGCGGUACUGCAGCUCCUGAAGAUCGACGCGUCGGUGUCGCGGCCCCAAAAAUGUUCGCUUUCGACGCCAUAUUCACUCACGAUGACUCACAGACGGAGGUGGCCUCGGGCGCCCUGACUGAUGUGAUUCACGCCGUUAUUAACGGGACGGAUGGCUGCCUCUUCUGCUUCGGACACGCCAGGCUCGGAAAGACAUACACCAUGGUUGGGAGUCCUGAGUCAACUAAUACACUUGGAGUGAUACCAUGUGCAAUCUCGUGGCUGUUCCGUGGAAUUAAUGAGCAGAAACAGAAGACAGGAGCUCGAUUCUCAGUGCGCGUCUCAGCAGUCGAAGUUUUACAGCAAAGUGGAGGAACCUCGCAACAACUGAAAGAUCUUCUGGCAGGACAUGCUAGUGACUGUGAACAGUCCCCUGGUGUGUACCUCCGUGACGAUCCACUGUUCGGUACCCAGCUACAGAACCAGAGUGAACUCCGGGUGCCAACUGCUGAGAAGGCGGCGUUCUAUCUGGACGUUGCAGUCAGCAGUCGAAGUGGCGGUCGCGCUGAUGGUAGUGGGGGCAGCACUGCAGACUCACACCUACUCUACACCCUUCAUGUAUACCAGUAUAGUGUCUCUGGGAAAGGCCACGGUGUUGCUGGGGGCAGAAGUCGACUCCACCUGAUCGACCUGGGGAGUUGUGAAAGAGGGAAAGCAAAUGGUGGUAUUCCUCUUUCCGGACUCGGCAACGUUCUUCUGGCUAUUUUCAAUGGGCAGAAACAUCUUCCAUACAGGGAACAUAAAGUGACACAGUUAUUGAAGGAGUGUCUGAGUUCCCUCACAUGUCAUGCUGCCAUGAUUGCGCACGUAUCACCAGCAGCACAGCACUACACAGACACCCUGGCCACUGUGCAGCUUGCUUCUAGGAUUCACCGCAUGAGACGUCGCAAGAUAAAGUUCACCGUGGGUUCAGCUGCGUCAGGUGGCAACACUGCUGAAGAUUCAGUGGCUCGCCUGCAGCAGGCACAAGAGAAUGGUCGUUCCACAGGCAGCUCAGAUGUUGAUCCCUCUAGCAGUGAACAGUCAGCUGACACUGUCAUCUACAUCGGCCCCUCUGAUGAUACUGCAACAGAUGGAGAGCAUCCGCCCGUCUACAUCCCCAGCCUUAAUUCUGGUGAUAAUCGCUGUGCCAUGAGCAAGGCUCUGAGAGGCUCCAGUGUUGAGCACAGGCAGCCGUCAAAGACUGUCAUUCACCAGAGCAAAUCAUCUUCGUCAUCACCAGCUAAAUCAACCAGCACACAAUCUAAACUACCCAAUGGUAGUUUGGUAGAAGAAAAGAGUAGCCCAUCGCAUCGUGGCAGCUCAACAAAAUCUGCAGCAAAUCAACCAAACUCAAAAACAUCUUCCCCAAGUCAUAACAGUAGUUGUAAAUCUUCCCCGGUAAGGACUCCUUCUAAAACAGUGCCCCACAAAACAGCAACAUUACUGGCAGACCAGCAGCAACUCUCAAGUUCUACACAGUCACUCUCUUCAAGUAAGAUCCCCGUGCCUUUCAGCAACACCUGUAGUAAUUCCCCUGGAAUUAUCUCUGGAAGUGAUGAACAGUGGAUUGAUGGCCCUCGAAUCUCUAAAUCGAAAGUAGCAGAGGCCCGAAGUUUGCUCAAAGAUAGUCACAAGAAGAAAGAAACAUGGAUUGAUGGUCCAUUGCAGACUGCAAAAUUGACAACACUGGGUAAUGGCCAUGCCAGCGGGAGCUAUGGCUUUAUGGACAACCAUAAGAAGAGCAUGAUUCGAAAAUGGGUUGAAAAUCAGACUGUUCAAAUCCAGCGACAAACAGUUAAGCAUGUAACUCCUGCUUUGUGUCAGAGACCACCAGCAUCUGGGGCUUCCCAGGGGCAUGCAUAUAAAGAGCUUACUGUUUUUAAAACUUGUGAGGUAGAAGAAACUCAGACUUUGGGAGGGGACUCAAAUCCACCAGUAGAGGCUGAACCACAUUGUUAUACAACCAAAGAUAAAACAGUAGUGUCAGGUCCAGGCAAAGAGUCAGAUAUGCCUCAGAAUAUGAAGAGCAGUGCAGAAGUAGAACAAGUUAGGGAUAAUCAGUGCAAUGCAGAAGUAGAACAGGUUGAGAAUAAUCAGUGCAAUGGGAUAAUAGAACAAACUGAGGAAAAUCGGAGACCCAAUGGGAAAUGUUCCUUAGAGACAGAAGAUGAUAGGCUAGGGAAACAAGAUAUGAAAACAGUAGAGGCUGAACUGGAGAAUGUUGAGGAAGAAGAUGAUAUCUUGGGAGAUCUUCCCCCACCUCUCCAGCUCUUCCAACCUCAUAACAAGGAGAUUAGUCUAGAUGUUUCAGGUGACAGUCUUGAUGUAAGAUUAAGAAUCUUUCAAGAACGAAGGGAAGCAGCUGGUGAUGUUGGCGAUAUUGAUGGUGACAACGAUGAUGAAGUCGAAAUCAUUGAAGUUGAAGAGCCAUUUGAACUUGUUCCCAUGCAAGAUUCAUGUCUACAGGUAACAGAGGAAGACAUUGCACUGUGCAUGGGUGAAAUUCCAAAUCUUCUGCCAGAAGUUGAUCAAGAGAGCAAUGAGGAACAUCCUUUGCGAAUUCUGAGCCAAGAGAACCUGACAGUUGUCUCAACAUUCACUGACUCAUUGUCUGUAGUGACAGACCUGGAGCGAAUGCUUCCUCGCCAUCAAUUUGGGCAGUCAGAGGGGAGUUUCCCUAACCACCGACCAUACAGCCUAUAUGAACUACCAGAUGAUUAUAAAGCUCGAACAGAACUGCCCUUGUUUGACGACGGUACUAGUGAAAAGAAACAACGAACUUCAGACCUCAUAACAAAUCAGAAUAAAUUUGAGCAGUUGGCAAGGCUGCAUGAGAUGUAUAAGAUAAAACUUGCCAGAGCGAAUGUUACAAAAGCACUGUCAUCACCUUUCAGCCCCUCCCUCCAAUAUCGUCCUCCGUCCAGAUGUCAGUCCCUGUCCAUGUCCGACAUGUUGUAUGGCACUGGUAACCCUGACAACAGCUAUAGUGGCGCCGGUGCUGGCACAGGUGGUGGCAGCAUCUAUAGUGAACCAGCUUAUAAUCCGCAUGAGCCUCUACUCCAGAACCAAGCUAAAAUCUGUGACAACUGUAAGAUGAGCUUCAGUCACACAGGUAACGGAAGCAGCUGGUACCAGCCCCUGUUGACUCCAACGACCAGGGAACACAUUCCAUUGCACCAUCCUCUUGGAUCAUUGCUCUGUGAUUCUAAAAACCACCGGUUUUGUAGAAGUGGAUGCAAUAUCUCAUCACUGCGACAUCCAGACGGAGCAUCAAAUCCAAAUCUAAAAGAAGAAGUGGAGAGAGUACCCGGAAAUGGUGCAUCCACCUCUGAUCAUGAAGAAGAAACAUCUGAGCAACAGACCAAAAACCAUCCAAUGGCACGAGAGGAAGUGCGGACCGUAACUGGUAAGGCUCGUGAUGAAGACGGCGAGGAAGAGGAUGAACCUCUGCCAGUACUUCCACCAUCCCUUCCUCCUGCUCCCGCCUCUACCCGUCUGCAUCGCAGGUUAUUUGGGGGCAAGAUAGGCUCUCGCCAUGCUAGUCUGAGACCCCAACACCCAGCAAUAGGACCUGAAGGUUAUGACAGUGGUCAUGACUCUAGCAGUCCCAGUCCUCGUCCCACAAAGACAUCACAGCUGGUAUCAUGUUUGCCUGGAGUCCUGACUAACAAGAGACCAGCAGCCAUUGUUUCAGCAGUCCAAUGUGAAAGCUCAGGUUAUGAGAGCAUUGUGAGAGAUAGUGAGUGCUCCAGUUUUGGUUCCAGCCAGGAUUUUGAUCCAGGGGAACCUCAUGACCCAGGGGGUUCAAAAAAAGUUCCCUUGCUGCAGUACUGCAGGGAGGAUGUGGAAAGGCUGGAGCGCCGCUGGACCGAAGCACAAGGACGGCAGAUUAGAGAACUCCGAGCACAGCAACAGGAACUGAAGCACGAACUUGCAGCAGCCAAGACCCGACUGCUCCUCCCUGCCACACGAUGGAGCUACGAACGUAAUCCAUGUGGAGGCAAGCAUGGACUGCAGGGACCCAAGCUUCCUGGAGGCACUGGAGAGAGAGACACAGAUCCUAAGGAAACGUGUUGAAGCUUGCAAGUCGCGCAUUCUCAUGGUCACCUGCUUUGAUGCUCUUCUCAAACCACAAGACUGACUCAGAUUUCAGGAACAAGCAUUUGCAGUUCGAUGUUUUGCCUGCUCAUCAUAAUGCAUUGUAAUAGGCUUUAGAUGUUUGUGCUCUAAAAAGUGUUCAUUGUAGAUUUGCAGAGAAACAUGAAUUCAUUGUCACCAUUCAAGCAGUUUCCAACAAUAGGUUCUUGUCUUUCAUCAUCAAAACAUGUUUAUACACAAUCAUUGAGUGUCAUUAUUUAUUUCUUUUCAUUUCUUACCUCCAUGUGUUAUUCCAAAACAAACUAAAAUAGACUAUAAUAAUUCCUCCUCCCACAUCUUCGUAAACAUUCCCUCCACAUUUUUGAUUUUGAAUAAGUAGCAAAUACUGAGUCAUUAAAUAAACAUCCCUUAAAUUCAGCAUUUUUACCAAAGUUUGAUCUUCAAUUUAACACUUCCUAUUUCAGAAGCAGAAAUGCAUACAAGUUCUUCUUUGGAACUUUCAAAGUGUAGAAAGAAAAUACUCAUGCAAACAAUUUUUACAAAAUUGAAAGGACGAUGAAAACGAAUUAUGUCCUGUCAUUCAUAAAAACAGGACAGUAUGAGCUCACAAAGUACUAAUCUAAUAUGCAUUUCAGAUUUCUUAUCACAGAAGUUACAGAACCCAUUACUAGGCAGAAUAAUGCAUAUUUUAAUACCUUUAAGCUUACAGAAUCAGAUAAUGUUAAAAAUUUUUACUCAAAGAAUGUUAUUAAGCAUUUUUAAUGUUCAGUAUAUUUUAAAUAUUGAGAACCAUGAACUGUGAAUAAUAUGCAACAUAUGUUGGUGUGAAGAGAAUGCAGAAUUCAAAGAAAGAAAUAUGUUCAAUAAUUACCCUGCAUGGCACAAUGGAAAUGUUUUAAAAGAAAUAAGAGUAAGGUACAGUACUUAACAAAUAUUCAUUCAAGCAUAAAAUUUCAUUUGUAUGUGUUCCUAUAUAUAUAUAUAUCUGUACGUCACAGAACAUUUUUCAGAGUCAAUUUUACCAUGAACAUCUAGCCGAGCCUUCUGUAUUAGGGUUGUCCAUGGUUUUGAAGAUGUUAUUUGAGGUAUUUUUGUCAAUAGAUGAUAAUAUACACAGUAAGAAUUUCUGACAAAAAAAACAUGUGGUUGAGUUAUAAAUAAAAUUCCUGUUUUUAACAUUCAAAAUGGAAAAUAAGGAAUCAACUAAACUGAAUAAAUCUUUCUGUUCAUGUAUUUAGGUGCAUUCUAUAAAAUCUAUACGAGUUUCAUUUAAAUCAGCAGAGUCAUUCAUUUUUACUACAUUUUUUAAACCUCACUGUCUUUGUCCGACCCAGUAUGUAAAUGUUCUGCUGUUAUAGGACACUACUUUGAAAUUUGCUGCUAAAUAUACAUGUUGAUGUUGAUGUUGAUUCAGCAUUUGAAUCUUUGCACUGAUAGAAUGUGGGUAGUACUGCUACUGCUUCAGAGACCCUAUCUUGAUCUUCAGGGUCUACUGCUCUCAGAACUAUCCUGAAGAUGGAGUGAACAGGUAUCUCUGAAAUGUCAGCAACAUUUCCCACAUCCACAAACUGCAAGGACCCAAGAAAACAUAAAAGGUAAAACUAUCCUUGUGACAGGCCAUGGCGACCCAUAGGGUUGUGAGAAGUCAAGGCUUCCACAUUU